UUUAGUUGAAUGAAAAUAGCUCCUUUGUGAGAAUUGUGUUCUUUGAGAGUUCUCAAGAAUCAAACCCUUGAGUUAGUUUUGUGAGGAUUCCAUUGCUAAUUCGAGAACCCUUGUGAAGCUUUUCUGUGAGGAUUCCAGAUUCGUUUUACAAGUUUCUUAUCAAUCAAGUAAUCACCUUGGUUGUGGCGAAAUUCUACCAAUCCGUUUUAUCUUUUGUUGAAGAGUUUCGAGCUGCGUAUUCUGAUCAAACAAAGCACCCCCCCCCCCCCCCCCCCCGGUGUCUUAUCAUGCAUGAUAUUGUUGACGACGUUGAAGAGUGCGACACUCGCUGAUGAUAUGCCCAGCGUGCUUACAGUAGGCACAAAAAUUGCACUUUUUGCAAUGUUUUUGGAUGUGCCCUUUCUCAUUGAAGAAGACAUAGGCCACCUCAAAUGCUGGAGCGCGACGCUGGAGUCGGAGACGGUUGACAACGUAAGCAGAAUGGUCAUCAAUAGAGUGGCCUUCAGCUACGAAGACGACUUUGCUAGCUCCAGGCUGUAUGUCAAGCUUCUCUUGCGUCUGAAGACGAUUUUCCUCUUGGAUCAGCCUUCCGAUGCCCCAUCAAAUUUAAGGUCAUUACGGUUAAGCAAGCUGGAGCGCACAUACUCAAAUUCAGGCCUAAGCUUCAUCAAGAAGCGAUGGAGGCGAGACUGGUUGCGUUCGGCACGGACCUCCUCAAACACGACAACAUAUCGAAUUUUGGCAAAUAGAAGAUAUUCCUCAGUCCUAAUGUGGACAGAGGCAUUGUAAUAGGAUGCAACAUCCAUUUCACCUUGUUUAAGUGCUGCUAACUCGUUCUCGAUCUCAAAUUGAUGAGCGGUGUUAGACGUGAUGUAUGUGGCCGCCAUGUGGGACCACACUCAUAUGCAAUAGAGAAUAAUCGAAGCCCCAAGAGGAGGAUCAACCAAGCCUAAAAUCUAAGAUUUGACUCGAGCAUGUUCAACAUCCAUUUCUCCAAAGUCUACACAGAAUAGGGGUUACAUUCGGUUUCUUAGAGGUACCAUCAAGGAUCGAGAGGAGACCCUUUCCUUCAACAAAGAUGCAGAACUGAAAUUCCUACACCGCAUAAUUCUUUGGAUCAAGACGAAUACUGUGUCGAUCAGAAUCGCUGGUGGAAAGCUCUGCUACCAUGUUAGAAAUAUAAAACCAAAUUGAAA